AUGAUUUUAAAAUUAAAUAAAUUGGGUAAAUCAACCGCUAAUGAACUACAACAACUUGCGAAUCAGCUGAACGUUCAUAUCGAUGGUAUAUUAGAUUUCAGAAACAUUAGAGCUCCAUUAGGCAACGGAAGCUACAUUAUAUUACUUCGAUUAGACUCAGGUGUAGGCCAUUGGGUUUGUGUGUGCAACAAUGAAUACUUUGAUUCGAUGGGUUUGGGGCCUCCAAGAAUUCUGGGUGAUAUGAAAUGUAAUAAUAAACAGUUUCAAGGGACCUAUGAUAAUUAUUGUGGUUUAUGGAGUCUGUUGUAUCUUUAUAGCAAACAACACAAUCAACCUGACAUAUUCAGAAAUUUUUACGACUUGAAUACAGAAGUUUCGCGUCGUUAA